CCCGCAUGAUGAGAGAGACCCACUUGACGUAUCAUUUCACAUGGGAUUGUUUAACCUCAGGACCGGUCACCGGCCUUCGUCUUCGUCUUCAUCUUCGUCUCGUUUGAUGAGACGGGCAGUACUAGAAGGUAAUUUCUCCCCUAAAACUCCUAUCUUGUAAAACUUAGAGAUUUAAAAUUAAAAUUCUGGAAGCUUAUUCUUCUUUCCUACGCUCUGACAUCUUACCCCUUCUUGCCGAAGGUAUCCGCACGGCCCUACGCACUUACACCCCCUCCCCCGUGUCGCCAUGAGGUUCCUACGUAGCUUACCCUUCCUUUCUGUAGCCGCGCGCUCCUGCGUAGCGGAAUCUUCCCCGGAGCCGCACUACAUCCUCAGCAACCCUCCCGCUUCGGAAUCGGAUUAUCGGAUCCCUACUUCGUACGAGUCCGCCGUGCUCGGUCGGCGCAUUCUAGCUCUCACUCCGCUCGGCACCCUCUCCACCGUCUUCCCAGACUCGUCCCGCGGCCGCCAGCCGGAUGGCCUCGGCGGCGUGCCUCUCGGGCUGAUGGAGUACGUGGCGGAUUGCGAGGAGGAGGGCAACCCUACCUUCCUAGCUAUCAAGAUCGGGACCACCUUCAGAAACGUGGAAAGCGGCUCCAAUAUCAGUCUGGCUCAGCAAUGGACCCCUCCUUAUCCGCCGGACAAGCGUAUCAAAUCCACCUUCUUCGACUGGGUGUUCGGGCGCGACGCGGACGACGCCAAGGAUAGAGUGCCGUAUAGCGCCGUCAAUCUCCCGCGCUACAGCCUGCUGGGCUACAUCGAGAAGAUCGACGCGGCCGAUGCGAAGGCGCUGUCGUCGUGCUUCAUAGACACGCAUCCCGACAGCAAGUACUGGCUCCCUGGGAAUAAGAUACACGAGUCCGAGUUCGUGAGGCUCGUCGUUACCCAGAUCUACUGGGUCGGCGGCUUCGGCGACAGAGCCUAUAUCGGCUGGAUCCCCGUCGAGGAGUGGAAGAAUGUCACUCGGAAGGAGUGGGAAAGUGUGAGAUUACCUGGCGAGAAGAAGGGCUGGGAUGAAUGGAGUAUUUCAGACCUUUGAGCGCCGGUUGCUCAUACCUAUUUGAAAUUACGCCUGCAGAGCCUCUGGUUUCCAUAUUAUCCAAUAUUAUUCGGCUAUCAUGUUCGUUUCGUUUAGAGACGAUUGAUUUAGGAUACGGCUUAAAUUGUUGAUAAGAAGUUGGCAGUAUGAUGUCACACAUCUAUACUCAUAUGUAUGUACUUGGAAGUAAAUAACAAAUAAUAAUUAUACCGUUAACAAUA